GUGCGGGCUUAUGAAACGAUAUCGGGUGAGAGGAUCCCUAUUUAUGCACAAACACUCGCAUUCACUACGAUAAGCUCUUCUUCUUCUUCUUCUGUUUUCCUUCUGUUGUUAUUUUUCCCACAGGCAGUCAAGAAUGCCAUUCAAUUAUUCCUUAAAGAAAUAAAUUAUUAAGAAAAUUGUUCUUUCUAAUCUUCUUCAAUCUGUCGUGAACAAAUAUUGAUUUAUAUUCCAAAGGACUCAGAUUCGCCCAAUUACCCACCGGUGAGAUUAAAAUUCCCCAAGGCAGUGCGCAGAUACACGAUAUCAUGGAUCCUUCCAUAAUGAAGCUUCUCGAGGAAGACGAGGACGAGAGUAUGCAUUCGGGGGCGGACGUGGAGGCGUUCCAGGCUGCCCUAAACAGAGACAUAGGCGGAGAUGCCUCCACUUCACAGAACUCUGAUUCAGAUAAAGUUUUGUCUCAAGUAAGCAAUCAUACUCCCAGUCAGUUACCACAGUGGGAAACUGCUAACCAAGAUCAAAGUAUUGAAUGUCAAAUUCAACCAGACCAAAAAGGUGCCCAGCAGCUAGAACAACCUUUAUCUGGAAUGGAACUAAAGCAACAUGCAUCUGUUAUUGAAAAUCAGCAACAACAGAGUGAUGCCCCAGAUGUUCUCAAUAAUGUCCAAAUGCAAGAGAAAAGAUCCCAAGAUGAUAGUCAACAGGGUCAGACACAAAAUAAUUCCCUACAGAAUCCCCAAACAAGUGGGAUGCAGAUUUCUGAAAAACCUUCCAUCUCAAUACAUGAGUCAGAUAGAAGACCUGGUCUAGAAGGUGAAUCUCAAUACGCAAAAUUACAGAAAAUGAGUAAUCAACAGGCGACAAUCACUGAACAGGCAAGCAACCCAAUAAAUCGUUCUAGACCUGGGCAAGUACCAUUUGGAGUGUUGCUGCCUGUUUUACAAGCCCAACUUGAUAAAGACAGAGCCAUGCAACUUCAAACAAUAUUUGCUAAGCUAAAGAAAAACGAGAUCCCCAAAGAAGGGUUCGUCCGGCACAUGAGAGGUAUUGUAGGAGACCAUAUGCUCAAAUUGGCAGUAAUGAAAAUACAAUCACAGCCAAGUUCCAACCAAUUCCAGUUGCAAGCUCAAGCUUCAGCACGGCAACACCCUCAGCGGAUGCCAUCUGCUGAUUCAAGCUAUCCAGGUAUAGAAAACAAUGCUCAGAAAUCUCGAGAGGGGAAUCGACAGUCAGAUUCUCAUGGAGGGCAAGGAAGUCAAGUGCCUUCUUCCAGUGCAAGCGGCAUCAAUCCGGAAAGGGAACAAUCCUCAAUUCCUACACAAGGACUUAACAAGCAGCAGCAACAACAUUUGCACUUCCCUUCCAUUUACGGAAGUACCAGUGGUAAUUAUAACCCAUAUUCUGGGACAAAUGUCAAUACAUUGACAUCAUCUGUCAAAACACACACUCAUGAAGCACAAACAAGGCAAAUCUCUCAACAUCAGAACAUAAAUUCAACUCAGUUAAGUGGGACAACACAGGCGAUGAACACGAUGAGCAUUCCUAAGUUUGAGAGGCUAAAUUCUACCAAUGAUCCAAAGAGACUUCAGGGUGGAUCUGUUUCUCACCUGACAAACAAUUCAACAUCACAACAGAUACCGGUUCCUUGGCAGUCAUCAACAAAUAAAGAACAAAGUUCUGCCCUUUCCCCAUCAAUGGCUGGUGUGAAACAGGAAGCAAUUGAUCAGGGAAAUGCAACCCCUGGAACUGUAAACGAUGAGGCUUUGGAGAAGCAGUCUUCAAGGAUGGGCCUUUCGACAUCAAUGAGCAUGAUGCCUUCCAAUUCAGUUUCUCCUUCCAUGGCAGCACAGUUGGAUCCUACUGUCCCGUUGGGGCCUCGGAUCCCAUCCGCAGCCUCUUCUGCUGGGACUAACUCGAGAACACCUUCCAAAAAGCCUUCUAUUGGCCAGAAGAAACCACUUGAAGCACUUGGUUCAUCACAACCUCUGCCAAGUAAGAAGCAAAAAGUAUCUGGGGCGUUUUCGGAUCAAAGCAUUGAACAACUAAAUGAUGUUACUGCUGUCAGUGGAGUCAAUCUGAGGGAAGAGGAAGAGCAGCUAUUUUCUGGGCCCAAGGAAGACAGUCGAGUUUCAGAAGCAUCUCGAAGAGCUGUGCAAGAAGAGGAAGAAAAACUCAUUUUGCAGAAAACUCCACUUCAGAAAAAACUGGCAGAGAUCAUGGCCAAAUGUGGCUUGAAGAGCACAAGCAAUGAUGUGGAGCGAUGCUUGUCAUUGUGUGUGGAGGAAAGAAUGCGUGGACUGAUAAGUAAUCUAAUAAGACUAUCAAAACAGCGAGUUGAUAUUGAGAAACCAAGACACCGUACUCUUAUCACCUCAGAUGUUCAACAUCAAAUCAUGACAAUGAACAAGAAGGCUAGGGAGGAAUGGGAUAAAAAACAGGCUGAAGCAGAGAGGCUCCGGAGACUUAAUGAACCCGAGGGUAGUAAUGGAGUUGAUGGAGAGAAAGAUAAAGACGAAGGUCGUGGCAAGUCCAUUAAGGCAAACAAAGAGGAGGAUGACAAAAUGAGGACAACAGCUGCCAAUGUUGCUGCCCGUGCUGCUGUUGGAGGAGAUGACAUGCUGUCAAAAUGGCAACUUAUGGCUGAGCAAGCCCGGCAGAAACGUGAAGGAGUGACGGAUGCAUCUGGCUCUCAGCCAGGUAAAGAUGCAAGUCGCAAGCCUCUAUCGACAUCUGGAAGAAAAGAGAAUCAGGAUGCAGAGAAAAGGGGAAACACAGCUUCUAUUGCUGCUUUUGGGCCUCUUAGAAAAUCUGGAAGGAACCAAAUUGCUGCGACUCAAACCCGGGUGGCUCGUAGCAUCUCCGUUAAGGAUGUUAUUGCAGUCCUGGAAAGGGAACCCCAGAUGUCUAGGUCUAAUCUGAUAUAUCGCCUGUAUGAGAAAAUUCGUUCUGAUGGCACUGCUGAAUGAGUAAAGCAUGGUUCAUGUUUUUCGGCUUGUAUUGCCAAGAUAAUCAGUGUUUACCCGUUUGAAUGCAAAUGCUGCUGGUGUUGAAGGAUUGUGCUCGCUCUUUUCUUAAGCUAUUGUGAUAUUCGCCAAAUGGUAUAGCCUUGUGA